AUGUCUAAAUCGUUGGAUAAAAUCAAGGCAUGGAUUGAAAUAAACAAAAUAAUUAAAAUGUCAAUAAAGAUUGGAGGUUUUAUGCCCGUAAUAUCAUUGAUUGCGUUAGUUAGUUGGUCUUAUUAUGCGUUCGUAUUUCGAUUGUGUAUGCACUAUUUGGUGAAUCGUAAUCCCACUCAAGCGGCAAUAUAUCUCGCUAUAUAUCAUCCAUUACUUAUUUUGAUGUCGCUUAGCUACUUGAAAGCAACAUUUAAAUCUCCGGGAUAUUCUACGGAUAUACCAUCCCACGAAUAUCAAUCAAUCGGUUAUCAUCAAAGAUCUAGUUCCGUUGAAAGUAUAAUAUCCGAUGCGGGCCUACAAACCGAUCAGAACGUAAAUUCAAAUGAUAGCAUUCAAUUGGUUUCUAGUAGACGUAGUGCAGUAAAGUUUAAUGAGAAUGGAGAGCCUGUCACAUCAGGGUCGAUAAUGGGCGCAUCAUUGUCGGGUUUGCAAGAAGUGUGUCUUGAAAAUGGAUCAUCAUUGUCCAUGGCUUUCGGAACUACAAGCUCUUUUAUCUAUUUAUUUUUUUGGGGGACCAUUUAUUCAUUCUUCCUUGCGUUUGCUACGUUACCGCCUACGAUCCAAUAUGCUCAGACAUCCUACGAGGCAAUAAUGAGCCUCGAUCUAAAUUGGACGUUUCUUAUUCUGCUGGGUACUAUAUUCGGAUUGUGCUUAUUGGGCUUCACGGUUUAUCAUACCACCCUGAUACUUUCCAAUCAGACGACCUUGGAAAGUAUUUCCAGAAACAAUUAUAAAAUUAAGGAUGGUGGUGAAGUUACAAGCAGUAAAUAUCUAAAUCUGUUUAACGUUGGUAAAAGAGCUAAUUUUAUUCAAGUAAUGGGUCCCGAUUGGUUUUUUUGGUUUCUUCCCAUUGAAAACUCAUUAGGGAAUGGCAGAACUUGGUCGCUAAAUUCGCACCGAUAUAGUACAUUGUGUGAUUCUGUCGAGGACUUUGCCGGGCUGUCGGAAAACAGUGUAUAG